UUUUCGAAACGGACCUUACAUGCGCUGAUCACCCAUGAAUGGUUGCACGUUGGAGACUCGUUCACUAUUAAACGGAUUUCUUAGCUGUGAAGCGAUAAAAUUGGAUUUUAGUGGAUAUAUUUGGUCCUACACGUUUGCACUGUCGUCUAUUUUGUAACUUCCUGGUUGUCGUAUUAAUAUGUCUGUCGAAACUGCGGCUAAAGCUCGAGUGACUUUGAAAGGAUUUUUGGACACAAGAUACAUGGGACUUUAUAAUUCCGUUGUAAUGUUUAAAACCAGAGACAAUUAUUUUCAACGAAGGGCAAAGGGAGAGCGACAGAUUUCGUAAGAGUUCAGCAAUGGAAAGUGGAAAUGGUGGUGCCUCGAGUAAAGGUGUUUCAGAGCCUGUUUCAGACACUUCUCACGUCUUUCUAAACAGUAUUUUGGCUCCACUUCAAAGUGCGUACUUAUAUGAAGAGUCAAAGCAGUCUUUCAAGUACAAGUCCGCUGUCUUGGUAAAGAAUCCAGUUCUGGAAGAAAAGUAUAAUGCCUUCCGAGCAAAGAGAAGAGAAGCAGGAUAUUCAGAGGAGGAUUUGAAGGAAACCUAUGGCUUUUUACUGUUUGACGAUGUCAACAAGGCUCAUGCAGUCCGAGAGACUGGUGUUCUCACAGGAAAUGGUACAUGUACAACUCUGGGGGAUCCUUGGAAGGGUGUUUACAUAUCAAUGUACUCUGACUGUUUGGAUCUGAAUCGCUGGUAUCAUGGGAAAUCUGGAUACAUUGCCAUCAUCAGGCUGACAAAGGGGAGAGUUAAAAAGGUUUUAGAGAACUACACUCAGAAUUACACAGCACCCACUGAAGGGUUUGACUGCCAUGUGUCAGAACAGCUGCCCUCGGUGUCUGCCCAAACCAGCUCCUUUCUUGCUUUUGAGAGAACCCAGUAUUACAUGUAUGAGCUGUUAGGUGAUGGAAGCAAUGAAACGGCUCAGUCUCCCAGUGCUGCCUGUCCUUUUGCUAUUGUAUCGUUUUCAUAUACGGACACCAAAUCAACACUUGUAGUACAACAGGAGGCAAGUGAGGAGGACAAACAGGAUUAUCAUUACUUACCCUGGAGGGGUCAGCUUCAAAUAGCCAACCAGCUCUAUAAUGUUGCUCUGAGAUCUACAGCAGGGGCCUUGAUUCCUACAAAACUGCCACCAGUGGUCAAAGUUGACAGAGCCAUUUGCAUGUCAGAUCUCACACAGCUGUUGCCGAGGACUGUCUUUGAAACGUGCUUCUCUGGUGAAGUCUUUCUGGAUGGCCUAUACUGCAGUCUGUGUGAGCUGAUUACUUCUGAGGCGGAAGAAAGCAGCUCACUCUCUCUUCUUCUGCAGCAGAUCAAGGAGAAAGAUCUUGUUCUACCAGUACUAUGUUAUGCAGAGGGUGAAGCUGAGAAGACGCCCUUUGACCCAAGUGAAGAACUCUGUGAAGUGUUGGUGCAGCAUAUGCAGAGUUACGCAGCAUUAAUAAAUCCUGGGUUGGCAUUAAGUCCCUCAAGGGAAGUAAGCAUCUUUCCAGAUCAGUAUGAUGUGCCGGAUGCACACAAACACCUCUACUCAUCCCCUGAGUGGACUAACAGAGCAUGGCAGAGCUUCAAGUCAUACAUGAGCAAUCCAGUCUCCUUUCAACUACCACUGUCCAAGUCUUCAGAAAUCCUGGCAGCUGGACAAGAAGAGCGAAGAGAAGAUCUUGAUGAUGAUGUCUACAUCUGUCUGUCAUCUCCUGAGGAGGCACUUGCCAAUCCUGUUGACAUGGGGUCAGAAGACCAGUUGACUGACCAGAAAUUUCCUGUAAAUGUUGAGACAUCCGUUGACAGUGGUAUAACAAGUGUUGAAGCACAGGUUGACUUCACAGCUGAUGUUCCAGCAGAUGAUUUGCAAGCCAGAGAUGAAACCAAAGACAAUGAUAAAUCUGGCCUGUCUGUACUAGACAAAACUGAUGACACAGGGGCAGGAAAUCUCCUGACCCCCCCUACAUCAGAUGACCUUUCAGCAGAGCUGAUUGUCAGUAUCACUUCAGCAGAGCAAACUCUCACUGAUGAGAGUUUAAGUGUGAUCAGUACUGUGUCAGCAACAAAGCAAAAUGACUUUCAGCUUUCUGGUUUUUCAGCAGCUAAAUUGCAAACAGCAGGAGCUAACGCUCUGCAUGAUGACACUGUCAAAAUCAAAAUUAAAGAUUGCCCUGAGGUCACCAAUUUCACAAAAACAAAAGGGAGGAAACUACAUAGGGGACCUUCCAAAGGUUUGAAAAAAGCAUCUAAAGCUAGUGUUGAGACUCUCAGUUUGCAGACUGUCAAAAUACCAGGGGAGGAUGACACCUUCCCAAAUCAGAAGGAUGACCAGGCCAAGGAAUCAUCAGGCCACUCAAAGCUAAUCAAUCCUUUGAAAGUUGAUUGGAGAAAAUUACCAAGGCGAAAACGCAAAUUUGGAAAACUGUCAUCUAGAAAUAAGAAAGUGAGAUCUGCUACUGUUGCUUUAGCAGUAGCAGAUGAAAAAAAAUCAGCUCCUGGACAGCAGAGCUUGGAGGGCAAUAUUUUAAUGGAACUUGAAGUUUGUCCUUUGAGAAAGAAAACUGAGCGCUGGGACUUAAAGCCGGUUAUCAGCGUAUGUGGAAGGAUCUUGGUUCCUUUUGGCUCUGUAGAUUUUGCUGCUCAGAUUAAGCUUUUAAAGGAUAAACAUCAGUGUACAAAAGAUCAACAGCACCCUGAAGAAAUGUUGGUUGAUAACUCUGUGAAUGCUCAUGACAAAGAUGAAAUGGAGCAAGACUCUAGCACUGCCCCAGAGACAGCAGUGGACGAAACAGAGGCCACAAAAUCCAAGGAUGGAGGGAACCAUCUUCAAAAUGUUGUCGGCAGUAUUAAUACUGAACAUCGACUUCUGAGACAAUCACACGACGGUUCAUUGCCUUUGAAUCCAGAGAGUAGUCAGCAUUCUUCAAAGAAUAAUGGCACAGACAAUCCCCCCUCAGAAGCAGUUAAAGAAAAGCACACUGAUACCUGUUCCCAAGCAAAGUGUGCAACAAAGGGAGAAUUUCUGUUGAGUAAACUAAAAUCAGUUCUUUUAAGGGGAAAGAGAAAAAUUGAUUUCCAUGUGUCAGAAGGAACAACAACAGUUACUGCCCAGAACACUGAGCCUUGUCUCAAGAAGGGCAAAGGUGACUCUGAUGCCGAGACAUUGAAGGGUGAUAAUGCAGUUUCAAGUGUACAGGACACAAAUGUGGGUGUGAACGAAGUUUCAAAGAUGCAGUCAGUUGAUCCUUUAUUUGCAUAUGCCCUAGGCCUGACCCCUAAAGAGAAACCUAAUAAGGCACAGAAAAGUGAAGGUCAGGAUUCUCAACUAAGGAAAGACUCAUCAGAGACACAAGAACAAACUAUUCUAGACAAACAACCUCAAAUCAUACAAAAGCCUCCAUCAAUUUUCCCAAGAAGGGGUAGGAUUAAAACACUCAAAAAGCAUCAAGGCAUCUCUGCAGAAUAUAUUAAAAAGAAAUGGUGGUUGCAUUUUCAAACCCCAGCUUGUUUUACCACUGAAAAUCUCAAAAGCAAAGAGUGUACUAGGGAUAAUUCUGUCAGGAAGACUGUUAAGGAAAAAAUGAACAGUACUUGCUCAUCUACAGAUGCUUUGAACUUACUUGCUGACUUGGCACUCGGUGCCAGUAAUGACCAGGUUCCACCACAACCAGACCCAGCACUUGAGAGAAAACCUGAGACAAGUUUGAAGAAGUGUGGCCUUACAAAAGAUGUUGCCAGUGCUGAACAAGACUCAGUUCUUCAUGCUCUGCUUAGACAGCCUGCUGCUAAACCCAUUCAACUUUUUGAGUCUCCUUUACCAAGCAAUCUUGUGGGAGAAAGUGAAUUAGUUGGUUUAAUAUCUAAAGAACAUGCCUAUUCAUUGCCCCCGUCUUCCCCUCUGCUGUUGGGUUUGCCAGGUACACCUUUCCAGGUAUCCCCUUUAAGUGGUUCUACCAGACUGCUGCACCCUCAACAGCAGUUGUAUGGCGAUGGAAUUCAAACACUACAACCCUCUGUUUGUCAAGAAGACAGAGAUGAACGAAACCACAGGACUCCAGAAUACCUGAAAAAACAUAUGGUGCGCAGGAGAAAGUUCAGACACUCCCGCACAUUUGUUAACAAGGGUGCAUCUGUCCAAGUCACAAGGCAAUGGAAUGAAAACUAUGACUUUAAUCGAGACAGCAAGUUUUCAAGUGACGUAAAGGACAGAGCAAUCGUUCGAGCCUUGCAUGGCCCGUGGGAUUUCUCCACUCAGGACACCACUGAGGAGGUACGGCUCAUUGUCCACAUGUGGAUAGGUCUGUUUUAUAGCCGGUCAACAGCCAGAUUCUUUCACGUGGACUCGAACUUUGCAUAUUCAGAAGAGAGUGAUUCUUUGGAAAUGUCCAGUAAAAUGUUAGCAGCAGCACCAGCUCACCCUGAAGGGCCAGCCAAGGGAAAUUCAUGUGGUACUUUACCGAGUUUAACAGAUACUCAAGACCCCUCAAUUUCAAAAGCCCUGGACCUCAGCAAAAAAGAUGUCUUGGACUCUGUCUUGGACCAAGGAUCUGUAAUUUUGGACUUGUCAAUGAGAAACGGUGGUGGAGAGAUUGUCACUUCAGAUCCACAAGUCAACAAAGAACAGACUUCUGUGUCCGGUGAACAGACAGAAGCAAGUGAAACAUCGAACGCACUCAAGUCAUCCGUGGGACCACAGGAGGCAGACACAUUCCAGUGUUAUAAAACAUCAGUACACCCCACAGAGAAUAUCAAUGAUGUGAACAAUGUCAGAAGCAUCAAGGAAAAUGAGAAAACUUGUAGUCCUUCGCAAAAAGCUGGCUGCUUGGAACAUACUGAUAUACCAUCUUUUAAAGGGGAUGGAUCAUUCAUUCCUCGACAAGAAGAGACGGAAAGUGUAUCCAUUCGGACAGAAAAUGUUUGGCCUGCUUCAGGAAUUGGCCACAUGUCACAUGGAUGCAACAAAAAGAAGAUACAUAUGAAAGAUGGCAUCGAAAAUUCAGAAAUGACAGAGAUGAGUUUGGUUCAAAAACAUGAAAUUGAUUCAUCUGAAUCCAUGAGAGACAAAGGGGGAGAGUCAAACAAAGAAGCAGAUGAAGUGGUUCAUAUAGAUGAGCAUGAAGAAAUUGAAUCCAAAGAAAACUUGGAAAUGAAAGAAAACCCUUGCCAAGAAGACGGUAUAGAACCUUCUUCAGAAGUGAUUGAUACAGGUGAUGAUUCUACAAAGAAAGAACCAGGUGUCAUUGGCAAUGGAAAUUGUUUUGAAAAUGAGAAGCAGUUAUCAAGGGAGGAACCUAAAGCAGUCUCACCAAGCAAGGCUGAAAAUGUUAAUGAAGAAGUGGACUGUCGUACAGAAGAUAACUUUGGAAAAGACAAUGGACUUGAUGAGAAAGACAGUUGCGUUCCAGCUGAAGCAGUUGACAGUGAUUUGAGUGAAGACCCAUCACCUAUGAUGUGUGACGGCCCUGAUUCAGUAAAGAAGGAUUGCAUUACAGAUUGUAGUUGCCAAGCACCAUUUGAUGAGCAACCACCUCAAGCAGACAAUGAAGAGGAUGCCUGCAAUGAUUUGCAGUUGAGAAAGCUGCCUGUAAAUGGGAGUACAAUGACAGAUGAACAUCCCAUUUCAGAAAAAGCUCCUAACACUCCAUCUGAAAUGGAUGUUGUUUGCAAUCAACCUGCAGAAAAUGAUAUUUGUUUGGCAGAUAAGGUACAUUAUCAGACAGCAACAUUACCCAUAUCUGAUGAGAGGACUGGUUCAUUAGAUGGGUCUGGUCUAGCUGGGUCUAUCCCCCAGUCCAAAGAUGGUUUGGAAACAGGAAGCCAAAACAUGGAAAUGGCAAUCUCUGAUUUUGGUCCAAGUAGUGAUGAAACAAAAUCAGUUGUGGAAAUGGAAAACGAUGAUAACACAACUCAAGAAGAACCAUUUCAUCACCUGUUUCAUUCACCUCAGAGUGAGGUUCUGAAAAAAUGUGAACCAGAAGAGGCAUUGACUAAAGAAACAGAUCUUGAAAUUAACAGAACAAAUGAGGGAUUGGAAAAAAGUCAUAGUGGGGUUGUAAUUCCAUUUAUUGGACUAGACAUCUCAGGAGAGGAUAUAGUACAACCACAAAUCUCACAUGAACAAAGCAAGGUUGAAGAAGUUGUUCAAGGCAAGAAAGAUAUACCAUUUAUCAGUGAAACUAUGCACUCUGACUUGCCCACAGAGGUAUGCAAUACAUCUGAAACAUACAGUAAAAAGCAGGGACUGUCUUUUAGCAAAAUAUCACUUCUUGAUGUAAGUGAAACCAACCAGCCAGUAGUCUUAGGAAGUGAGUCUGAUGACAGGUGCCCUACACCAACUUUGGAUGAGAAGCCAUACGAGUGCAUACCUUGCCCUAGAAGCAGUACUUCUGCUUUUAGUAGUAGUGAAACCUGCAAAAACAUGACUCAAAGACGCCUUAGCAGAAGCUCAACGCCAAUGAUGGACGAGAUGCCUCUUGAACGAAAACGUUGUCAGUCUAUAAUUAACAGUGAUCCUAACCCUCAUUAUGGUCUUCAUCCUGAUCUCGAACUAAGAACUCUAAGAGUUCUACAAAGUAUAGACAAGUUCCUCUUCAAGUCAAACCACACCGACAAGUCCUGCCAGAUUGAAACGGCUGAUAUAAAAAACCAUCUUGAUCAAACUCCUAACCUUAACAGCAAGCACAUCCCCACUUGCUCAGCCCCAAGCCACAUGUCAGUUGACUUUAAGGACAAGAUGAUAAGCAAUUCAAAGCCAGAGGUCGUGUCAGCCUCUACAUCACAUAAACUGCACAAAGAAUCAUCUGAUCACUGUCUUAUAUCACCUUUCAAGAGUAAAUUAGAGGAAGUACUUGGUGUUAAGUUGCAGCUAAAGAAAGCAGACUCACCACUUCCACAAGACUAUUUUGAAAGAGCAGAUGAAUUACAACAAACCUCUAGAGGGCAAGACUAUUGUCAUUCCUACACAUCUGUUCCAGCUACUGAGUGUUUUCAAACCAUUACAGCUAAUAUUGGCCAAGACAGGCAUAAAACAACACCACAGUCCAGUCUAAAUCAUGAACCCCGUUCAAACAGUCAGCGUCCUGUCAUGGCUGUAAAACCUUCUAAGAGUGAUGAGAGUCAAGCAUAUUUUAUCUCUAAAGAUGGACCAAUUGAAUAUGCUCCCAAAAAUAGAGAGACUAAACCCCCUGUAGUCACAUACACCACAUGCACUACCACGCCCUUGGAGAAGAAGACAGAACAUUUCAAGGGAAAUUCUAGACUAAAUGAUGUAAAGCAGGAGUCCUGUGAGUUUUCCUCUAGAAGUAGUUUAUUGUCAAAUGUUAUUGACAAAAAAUCUAACUUGGAUAAAGCUAAAUUUGCCCUUUUAGAUCCUUCAAAUCAGUACCAAGGAAAGGACAUCAAGAUUUCGUCAUCAUCUCUAUCCAUGCAGUCAUUUGAAUCAGCAAAAAGUGAUGGACACCAAGGUUUCUUGGCAUGCAGUACACUUGAGAAAGUUGUGCAAACAACUAGAGAGAACAUUAAGAUUGAUCAGAAAGACUGCUCAGAAGCAUCAACAUCAUUUGUGGAUCACAAAGAUAGUAGCAUAAUAGAUGACAGUCUCAUGGGACCUCAAAGCUCACUCACAUGUACAAUCUAUAACACCAGUCGGAAGAGAUCAUGUUCUUUUCUGGAGCAGGUUUCUCAGAGGUGCCUUCAAGAUGAUAUCACUCAAGUGUCAAUGGAACAGGAGUGCCUCAUCUUCUCAGAACAAAUGAAACAGCUUUUGAAAAGGAGUAAGAGAGGACCCAUCUGCCAUCAGGACUCACAUGACAAACUGACAUUGGAUUGUGCUAGUCCUGUCACUGUGCACUUUUCCAGUCUAGAGGAGCAGGAGGAUUCACUGGAAAUGUUGGAUGCACCGUCGCUUAUUGGACAAAAAAUCAAGGUAGAUGUGUCCGACAGGAAAGGUAUGGCAGACUCUGGAGAGGAAGAAAAGACUUUGCAUCCUCAAAAGUUAUCUCCAGGAACAGGUAACAUGAAGGAACAUGCUGGAGUUUCUGGUGCGACUGCAGAAUGUGCAAGGUUGUAUGAAGCAAUUAUGGAUGACAUUUGUGCUGUCAAAAAGGUCCCAUCUAGACCUAAGCACUUCAGAAUGGACAGAGGUUACGAAAAGACUGAACCAAGUAACCAUUUUGAUUUCUGUGAUCAAAUGAAGAGAGAGAUGGAUGAGAGCUUUCGAAGUAAUCUGAAUUCAGUGGUGAAGAAAUCUUGCAAAACAAAGUACAGAUUCUACAUAUUAGUGACGUCAGAUGAUGCCCUCUUUGAGGAAACCAAGGCACAGUUAGAGGCAGAGGGCCAUACUGCUGUACAGCCAUCUGAAUUCUUCCUCACUGAGGGUAGUUCUUCGUCCCUACUCAUCAUCCUCAGGAAUGAAGACAUUGCAGAGCACAUUUGUGAGGUCCCACAUUUGCUCGAGCUGAAAAAGUCACCAGGUGUGCAGUUUGCUGGAAUUGAUGAACCAGAUGAUGUUGUGAAUCUCACCCAUCAGGAGCUCUUCAUGCGUGGUGGUUUUAUAAUGUUUGACAGAGCAGCACUGGAGCCCCUUAGUGUCUGCGACCUGAAAAAAUUCUCAGAAAUCUUGCAAGAGCUAAGAAGAACGGGGAAAUGGAAAUGGAUGCUACACUACAGAGACAGUCGCCGACUGAAAGAAAAUGCAAGGUUGAGUGCAGAGGCAAAAGAGAAGAAGCACUUCUUAAACUCUUGUCAAGAAACUGGAAUACUGGAGGUCUUGCCUUACCAUGAGUGUGACCUCAUGUCAAGAGAUCAACCUGACUAUCUCACAUGUUUGGUUCGCUUGCAGGUCCAGAAUAUAUCUUCCCGUUACCCUAUUUUUAUAACUGAUAUGGCAACAGACAGCGCAUUUGGGAGAAAUGGAAUUUUAACAAUGACUUUGAACUCUUUCCUGACAAAUUCUCCAAGCGAAACAUUUACAGUCUGACCUCAAAAAGUCCCAUGGAUGACUUCAAGUACACAGAUUUCAAAAACUCACUGGAUGUGAGGAAAAAACAAGAAAAACCAACACGAGUAAUGUUGAUUUCAAACAUACUACAUUUAUUAUUAUACUUAAUAUCAUAAUUUAUUAUCUUACUUAAUUUGAAAACUCAUUUAUCAUUCAGUUAAUGGAUAGAGUGACAAUAAUGCCAAAAUACUGGCAAGUGUGCUGUACAUACUGUAUAGACUUUGUAUUGUAUUUUUGCUGUAAAUUAUAUUGUAAACUUGUUAAAUAGUGUGAUUUUUAUGUGGUAUAUAUUUUGUGUUUAGCUGAUAACUCUGACUUUAUACAACUGCAGCACAAUCAUUACUAGUGUUUGUUUGAUGAUGAUGUUUUUGGGGUCAAAAGAUUCACAAAUAUUUUUUUUUAAACUUUGUUGCUGUGCUUUGUCCAGGCCUUGCAACAAAGCUUGUGUUACAUAUUUAAAAUUACUACUAUACACUAUUAAGGUUGCUGACAGUGAUUCUUAACUCUUGUUGGAGCACAACAAUUAAACAUUAUUACUAAAUGCUGAAUAUGUUUAGUUUUGUAGGCAUAAUUCUGUGCAACACAGCUGAGAAUAAAGAGAUGUCUUACAAUA